CCUAGACUCUACCAGUAUCUUCUACAAAUCCUACUCUCUAUCUCAAUCCUAAUCAGAUACCGUUGCUGCAUCACACAGUAAGUAACAGUAGCAGCAAAACUGGAGUCUGGACGUACCUGAGUCCUGUUCCCUCGCAUGUGCCAUGUGCCAUGUAGGUACAUGUAGGUACCAUGUGCCAUGUGCAUAUGAUGUACGGAGUAGGCAUAGCUGUGAUAGGUACCUUGUACCUGGUACACAAGAAUCAAUACAGCUCCUGCUCACUUGUGCGGUACUUGUACAACCCCAGUUCACAUAAUAAUUAUCGUGAUGCAUCGUCACCGUUGCAACUUGUACCCCCACCAUAUGAGCAAUCCAAUACUGCAAUUCCAUCAUAACGUAUCUGCUGUAGCUAAUUGAGCCUCC